GUUUUUCUCAUUUUUAGGAAUUUUUGACGUGUAUAUACAGUCAGCGCUGUAUAUCUAGUGAUUCCGUCAUGUUCGGAUUCCUUUGUAGCUUGUGGUCCAUGAUCGACUGCCUUUUGAGCACGUCAACUUGGCUCGCUGUGAACCUUGGUGUGCCCAUACUCGCCCUGUAUUUCACGCUUAGGAGUUACAUGGCUUUGACGAACGGAAGAUGCCUCAGCAAACGGCAAAUGAGAGGCAAAACUGUGAUCAUUACCGGGGCCAAUUCUGGACUGGGAUUCGAGACUGCGAAGGAUAUGGCUUUACGAGGAGCACGAGUCAUCAUGGCCUGUCGGAAUAUGGCGAAAGCUGAAAUUGCCCGUGAGGCCGUCCUCCAAGCAACUGGAGCCAAGUCAAGCUACGUGAUUUUGAAAAAGCUGGAUUUGGCGUCGCUAAGAUCUGUUCGAAGUUUCGCCCUGGACAUUUUGCAGACUGAAAAACGCUUGGACGUGUUGAUCAACAACGCUGGGCUUUCGGAUCCGAAGCGAACAGAACGGACUGAAGACAACCUGGAAUAUAACAUGGCAUGCAACCAUUUCGGCCACUUUUUGCUCACCAACCUUCUUCUAGAUUUGUUGAAAACUUCGGCUCCUAGUCGAAUUGUUGUCGUAUCAUCCAUGGCCCACGUCGGAGGCGACGUUUCACCCGAUGCUUUGCGUGGGAUCGGCAGAAAGAAGUGGCAAAUAUAUUCCGACACAAAAUUGGCGAACAUCGUUUUUGCUGAAGAAUUGUCACGUCGUUUAGCUGGAACGAAUGUGACGGUGAACAGUUUGCAUCCCGGCGUCGUGGCCACCGAAUUUAUGCAGCACAUUCCGAACGAAUUGGCGAAAACCGUCGCUAAAACCAUGGUGGGGCUGUUCAAGACUCCCGAGGAAGGUGCGCAAACGCAGAUUCAUCUCGCUGUCUCCGAAGAGGUCGAGGGCGUGACUGGGAAAUAUUUCUCCGACUGCAAACCUGCGAGAGUGUGGAACAGUCAAUCUCACGACCGUGCAUUGGCUGCCAAAGUUUGGCGCAUUUCGGAAGAGCUGACUAAUUGAGGAGCUGAAACAUGGCGAAAUGUGAAGAUUGGACUUCAGAUUAAGGCACGUUUGGAGUACUUAUCCAAGUUGAAUAUUCAAGAUGAGGCAUAUCUUCGGGUUUUCAAGGCAAAAUGCACGAAUUGUGGGGAGGUCACGAAACAUAUGGAUUUUACGCGGUUUGACAAAGAAGCGUUAUCUGGUGGACGUGGACAUGCUAUGCUACAUUACAAGUGCAAAUUGUGCUCUCGCGAGAACCACAUGAGUUUACUGCCCCUAACACUUCAGCCUUACUACGGUAUUGAGAGCGAAAACUUCAAAACAAUUGCAGAAUUUGACUGCCACGGUCUGGAACUUGUCGAUUUUAUCCCAACGAAAGGCUGGCGUGUUGAAGUAGAAAAUUCUCACAAAAAAUUUGAGGACGUUGAUCUCGCCGAAAGAGAAUGGAUGAAUUACGAUGAUUGUGCGAAAGUUAGUGUUGGUGUUUAUGAGCUUGAGCAUUGUUUUGUGAAGAUUCCUCAACAUGUUGUUAUUGUCAUGUCCAACCGUCCCAUUUGCGACUAACUGAAAAUAAAUAAUGACGCAGUGCAAAAAAAUUCCAUCUA